AUGGCGUUAGCAUUUCCUUCGGUUGCAUCGAAUUAUCCAAUGAAUUCAUCGGAUGUACCAACAACCACAACAAAUGUCAAAACAGAUCAACAACAAAAUUUUGAUGAAGAAACAUUUAAUUUUUUACCACGUCUUACUGAUAUUCUGAAAAAUACAGAAAAAAAAUCAUCAGAUGUCAAAAUAAAACUAGACGAAUUACAAAAACAAUUUGAAUUAUGCCAUGAUAUUAUUCAAAAAAUCGAUGGUAUUGACUAUUCUGUAAAUGAACAACAAGAACAAUUAAAUCGAACGAAUAAUGAGUUAAUAUCAAAAACACAUUUAUUAAAAAAACAUAUUAAUUUAGCAAAAUUUGAUUUGAAUGCUCCAUCUCCUCCGCCUAGUCACACUACUACAAACAUGAACAACAGCAAUAAUGAGAGUAUAAAUGCAAUGAAUAUAGAUGAUGAUCUGUUUUUAAUGGCUGAUGCACAUCCAACAAAUGAGACAACAAAUUUUAGUGCAACAGAUUAUCAUUUUUGA